AUGUCUAGGAUCUCUUCAGCCUUCACGGUGCUCGUCCUCCUCGUGGACGUCUGGCAGAACGGCUUCCGCUGGCAAAUCGCCUACGGCGUUGUCAGUGCCGGCAUGUACAUCAACGGAAGCCUUACAUUGCUGCUCUUGUCGGGUGCCUUGGUGAUCUUUGCUUUCUUAUAUCGAUCCGAACCCUCCACGGCCAAGUUCCAGUUGGCUGCGACUCCCAAGAGUACACAAGAGACACCGACUGCAGAGGCGAAAGCGCAGUGGCAGUGGGAAGCUGCGGAACAAGGCGAGGAGCGGCGAGUCCACGAAGGAAGCAAGGCAGCGAAUCAGCUGCGCCAGCGCCUGCAGAUGGCUGAGGAGAAGCUAUUAGAGGCGGUCCGAGAGAACAGGGCAGAAGCAGAGGCCAGCUUCUUAUUGGCCGAAUCCCGGAAGCAGCUGGCCACUCUGGAAGAUGGCAAGAGAUCCUUGAUGGAAGGCCUGCAGCCGCCCGAUGUGGAAGUGCAUCGAUUCAAGGCAGAGCUGCAGCGUUGGGAGGCCCAGCCCGCUCAGGCCCCGGAGGUGAUCUUCACAAAGCUCGAGAGAUGGAGCUGGUGGCGCCUGGGACGGAGUGACACGGAGCUCGGAUGGAGCAAGUCCAACACCUGGAACAAGCUGGAGUCCAACCCACAGGACGAGGAGGUGGAAUCCAGAUCACAGCCCCUGGGCGAAACUUCUUUGUACGCGGAGGCGGAGGCGGGCACUCUUCGAAAGCUGCAGCUGGAGUACGCGGAGCUUUUGGCAGGUGCUAGUCCUAUGAUUCAGGAUGAACACCGUGAUCCAAGGUACUUCUCAGAGACUUUUGGCAGUGGAUGGGAGGACCGAUGGACCUCCAGUGAAUGGAAGAAAAGCGACGGGACACAAGGAACCUGGAAGCUUUCAGCUGGCAAGUGGUACAAGGAUGAGGCGGAGGACCAAGGCAUUCAGACGGCGGAGGACUCGCGCUUCUUUGGUCUCUCUGCGGGCUUUGAGUCCUUCAGCAACGAAGGCAAGGAGCUCAUUAUCCAGUAUCAAGCCAAGUACGAGAAGGACAUCGAGUGUGGCGGCGGCUACGUGAAGGUGGGCCCCAAGCUCAGCGAUCCCAAGGCCUUUGGCGAUCCGACUGCUUACAACAUCAUGUUCGGCCCCGACAAGUGCGGCUACACCAAGCGUACUCACUUGAUCUUCAACUACAAAGGCAAGAACGUGUUGAAGAAGUCCGACUUAGCCUAUAAGCAGGAGGGUGAGGGCACCUCCCAUGUCUACAGGCUAGUGCUCAAGCCGGACAGCACCUGCCGAGUAGAGAUCGAUGGUGAGAAGAUCUACGAAGGAUCCUUGAAGGAGGAUUGGGAGUUGUUGGCUCCCAAAGAGAUCAAAGAUCCGGACGACAAGAAGCCCAGCGAUUGGGUAGAUGAUAGCAUGAUGGAUGACCCAGAGGACAAGAAGCCUGCAGAUUGGGUCGAGGAGAAAAGGAUCGUGGAUUCCAAGGCCAAGAAGCCAGACGAUUGGGAUGAUGAGGAAGAUGGCGAGUGGGAAGCACCCAUGAUCGACAACCCUGACUACAAGGGUGAGUGGACGGUGAAGCGGAUCUCCAACCCAGCCUACAAAGGUAUUUGGGAGGCCAAGAAGAUCGCCAACCCCGACUUCGUGGAUGACGACAGCCUCUACAAAUAUCAGGACUUUGGCUUCAUCGGAUUUGAUCUGUGGCAGGUCAAAGGGAAUACCAUUUUCGACAACGUCAUCAUCACCGACGAGGUGGCAGAGGCAGACAAGUUCCUCCAGAAGUGGAAGGCCUUGAGUGAGGUGGAGAAGGCCAAGAAGAAGGAAGAGGAUGAUGCCAAGGCAGAGGAGGCGAAGAAGGCGGCAGACUCCAAGGAUGAAGAUGACGACGAUGACUCGGAGGAGGAAUGA